AUGAGAUCUGGCCAGGUUAAAGCUUUCCUUCUGGUCUGCAUCAUGGCUUUGGCCUUGUUGUACCUGGGCUCCAUUAAGAGGGAGGUCCACACCCACUCAGAGAGCCUCCAGAGGGCCCACCACAACGACUCCAUCAGGGGCCAGGGGAUGCUCCAGAGGAUGGAGAAGAUGGAAGGAGACAUCAACAAGCUGUUAAGUCUGAUGAAUAAACUGGAAAAGAGGGAACCGGCAGCCGAGAUAAAGGCGGAGGUGAAGAAGGAGAGGAAGGUGGUCAGGAGGUUGUACCCCAACUCUGUUCUGUUCAGCAAGUGGGGCGACGAGCUGUCAGAGGAGGAGCAGAAGGAGGCGGAGAGGCUGUUUCUGAGAUAUGGCUACAACGCCUUCCUUAGCGACAGGCUUCCCCUCAACAGAGAGAUCUCCGACACCCGGCCGCUCAGGUGUGCUGAGAAAAAGUAUCCAGAGGAUCUGCCCUCCAUCAGCGUCGUGUUAAUCUACCUGGACGAGGCUCUUUCUGUCAUUCAAAGAGCCGUCCGCAGCAUCAUCGACAAAACUCCACAACGGCUGCUGCAAGAAAUCAUCCUGGUUGAUGAUCACAGCAGCAACGAAGAUUUAAUGGAGAAACUUGAUGAAUACAUCAACUCCAUCCAUGAGGAGCGUCCAGACCUGGUGAAGAGAGUGCGGCACUCUCAGCAGCUCGGCCUCACACAGGCCCGACUGUCUGGAUGGAAGGUGGCGGUGGGAGACGUUGUGGCCAUCCUGGACGCUCACAUAGAAGUCCAUGUGCAAUGGGCAGAGCCGCUGUUAGCUCGGAUUAAAGAGGAUCGCACUGUGAUAGUGACGCCAGUUUUUGACAAAGUCAAUUUUGACGACCUGACUCUGAUUCCCUACAUACCUGCGGCGGACGCCUUCGACUGGGCUCUGUGGUGCAUGUAUGAGUCCUUCAGGCCUGAGUGGUACGCUCUGAAGGACGACUCACAGCCUGGCAAGAGUCCCUCAAUCAUGGGGAUACUUGUAGCUGAUCGCAAGUUCUUUGGGGAGAUUGGAAGCCUUGAUGGAGGAAUGAAGAUAUAUGGUGGUGAAAAUGUGGAGCUCGGCAUCCGGGUGUGGCUGUGUGGAGGAAGCAUAGAGGUGAUACCUUGUUCUAAAAUCGCUCACAUUGAACGAGCAUCAAAGCCUUACCUCCCAGACCUGAGCAUCAUGAUGAAGCGCAACGCACUGAGGGUGGCGGAGGUGUGGCUGGAUGAAUACAAAUACAAUGUUAACGUAGCCUGGAACCUUCCCCUUGAGAAUCACGGGAUAGACAUUGGAGAUGUGUCAGAGAGGAAGAAGCUGAGAGAGAGGCUGAAGUGUAAGCCCUUUCAGUGGUAUCUCGAUAACAUCUACCCCAUGCUGGACCCCCUGACUAACCUGCUCGGUUAUGGAGCGCUAAUUAAUGAUCUGAAGCGAGAUCACUGUGUUGACCAAGGCCCGGUGCCAGGGGACACACCUAUCAUAUAUCCAUGCCACUUCUUCACACCGCAGCACUGUUUUUAUCGCACUGAUGGACAACUCUACAUCGGUGGGAUCAAAUCUCACAAGUACAACAGCAACCGCUGUUUGGUGGACCCCGCCACUGGAGUCGAUCCAGGACUCUACGACUGCAAAAAGGCUCAACAGAAGAAGCUCCCCAUGCUGUGGGAUUUUAAACAGGGAGGACCGAUCCAGAACAGAGAAACAAAGAGAUGCCUGGAAAUUGUGAUGGGUGAGGAUGGCUAUUACAAACUUGUUGUCCAGCAGUGCAGUGGUCAGAACUGGAAGAUACAAAAUCUGUUGAAAGACCGCUGAAAGACGGGUUGGCAGGCACCAAGAGACAACAUGAAAAAUGAGCCAUCAUUGCACAAAAACUGCACGUCAUGUCAGAGGAAGAUUUGGAACGACCAUUUCUUCCUUUACGACUUCACGAGAAUCAAGCGGUCGACCAGCAAAAACUGCUCCACUGAGAAGAAGUCAUCAGUUUUAUUUAUUCUAAUUAAUUCUUGUUUUAGCAUCAUACAUGUAUGGUGUAUCUUUGUGACACAAAAUAUUAACUGCCAUCGGGUAACUGACUUUUGUUUUAUGGUUUUGAAUGUAGAAAUGUCAUUGUGAACAUUUGCUGUUUCAGUUUUGUGUUAUGACAACAAAAGAUUGACUGCGGGUGACUUUGCAUACUGUUGUACAGAACUAAACUCUCCCCAGAGGACGGUG